UCAGUCAACUCAAAUUUGUUUGGUGUUUAAGCCGUUUUUGUGUUCAUAAAAAACACACCUUUAUCGUUUAGCAUUUUGUCCAAAUCUGUAAUGUAACCAUUUUAUGUUGACUGCAAUUACUUAAGGACCCAAAUCCUUUCUAUUUUUCAAUGGCUGACUUGGUCAAUCCAUCGCCAACUAUCGAGCAUGGUGCUUAUGAGAGUAGCACCUACGUGGAAGCCAUGGAUCCCAAGGGAGAAGAGAAGAGCCCUGAGGAGAACCCAGUGAUGAACCCAAAGACGAGCCCAGAGAGGAGCUCCAGAAUGUGUGGGGGCGAUUGCGACUGCCAUUUGCCGCCGCCGUUGUAUCAACAAAAUCUUACGAGCUGUGACUAUCUACCGCAUAACGAAUGUCCAUAUAGACCCUUUCAGCCUCAUAAUUUAUAUGGUACUUAUCCAGAUGCUGGCCAAACUUAUCAGAAUCCGCAAUGGCAGGAUACACAAUGGCAAUGGCAGGAUCCAAUGUCAAUGGCACAAUGGCCGUCUAAUACUCAGCCCCAGGAUUAUGGUUGCUGUCAGCAGCAGAGGGCCACAGGUUCAACUAACUAUAUGGAGUACAAGGGUUUCCAGCAUAGUCCCAAACCAAAUCCAGUUUAUGUGCCAAUGGAGUGUAGUGUAUAUACUCAGGAAUCUCGACAGGGAAUUCAAUCAAUAUGCAGUUGCGGAACAAUCCCACCGUGUGAGACGAACUACCCACCUAAGCGAAAGCGUUCCCAAGGCAGUUUUGCAGGUUUAAAGGGAUCCUUUGAGAGGUGCCGUAGACGUAAGAAGCAUUACAGUUAUGAGGCUAUAAUUUCGCCAAGGCGUCCGUCGACUGAGAGGUGUUGCGAGUUGCCACGCAAAUUAAAUCCUUCUGAUAGGGCGUACUACCUUAGAUCAGCCACACCUUGUGCUCGCACCUGCUCAAAUCGCCAGCAUACUCAGGUCAAUGGACCUUGUCAAUCACCACUACCACCACCGCCUCCUAUGAGAUGUUCGCCACCUCUUCGACGGCGAUCCAGGAGUAGAUCUAGAUGUUCCACGCGAAGAAUUAGGCCUUCACCCAGCGAUUGUAUGGAAAAAAAUCGACCUGGGGCUGAAUAUCUCAAGUCCCUCGAUGUGCGGGCCAACUGCACCUAUAAUGCACAGAGCUGCGAUAAUCCCGCCUAUGGCCGGACGAGAUCACAAUCCCCACACUAUCAGAGGGACAGUAGUAAACGAUGUUGUUGCAAGCCAUCUCCUAUGACGACGGAGCCCGUUGUGUGCUAUCCGCCAAGAUCACGAUCCCCUUGCUGUCCGAGGCCCCAGCCGGCGACCACUAAACGGAAUUGUCGCUGCUCGAACGAAACUCUGAUAGAGGAGCCCGUGAAGAGCUAUCGUUUCCGUUGUCCAGAGAACCGAAUCAUUACGCUCUGUCCUCAUUGCCAUAAGGCGCUGAUAAAAAGGCAUAGGAGUGCGUUGACCACUAAGAGAUGUACUUCGGGGGCAACUCGUAAAAGCUGUAGUAGGUUCAUACCCGUGUCCAAGAUGUCGCAAGUGCCUAGCAAUCGCUGUAUCUACAGGACUCUUAGUCGGAACUUGACACGUCCCAAGACGUCGUCGACAUACAGACCCAAGUACCAGAUGAACCUGUGUUGUUUAAAGCGUCGUUGCCAGGGCGGAGCUAAUGAAUACCGAAACCACCAUCAGCCAGCUUCAAGCUUAAAAAAGACACAGAAGUACCCGGGGGGUCAGUCUGGGUUGCCUUCCCGGACAUCGUCUCACAGAUCGAAUAAUUCUACUCUAAUACGAUAUUCCAGCCCGAGGCCAGCAUUGUCUAUGCCUGCAUCAGCUAACGGUUACCAAAGUCGGGCUAGUCAUCAUCAAAGUCGAACCGCUGAUCCGUCGUCUUUCCAAAAGCAGAACCAGUCUGAACACAUGCCUUCGGGAAGAGAUCCACGCUUAGCUUCAAGUUCGAGAAGAGAUCCUCGCUUAGCUUCAAAUUCGGGAAGGGAUCCUCGCUCUGCUUUAAAACCGGAAAGAGAUCCUCGCUUAGCGUUAAAUUCGGGCAGAGAUCACCGUUCGGCUCAAAACUCUGAAAGAGAUCCUCGCUUAGCUUCGAAUUCGGGAAGAGAUCCUCGCUCAACUACAAAUUCGAGAAGAGAUUCUGCCUUAGCUUCAAUGUCGGAAAGAGAUCCUCGCUUAGCUCCAAAUCCGGAUAGAAAUCCUCGUUUAACUGCAAACCCGGAAAGAGAUCCUCGCUUAGCUCCAAACACGGAAAGAGAUCUUCGCUCAGCUCCUAAUCCGGAAAGAGAUCUUCGCUCAGCUCCUAAUCCGGAAAGAGAUCAUCGCUCAGCUCCUAACCCGGACAGAGAUCGUCGCUCAGCUCCUAAUCCGGAUAGAGAUCAUCGCUCAGCUCCAAACUCGGAUAGAGAUCCUCGCUCAGCUCCAAACCCGGAAAAAGAUCCACGCUUAGCUUCAAAUUCGGGAAAAGAUCCUCCCAAAUCUUCAAUGUCGGGAAGAGAUCAACUCAUAGCUUCCAUGUCGGGAAGCGAUCCUCCCAAAGCGUCAAGAGGACCUCAGUUAGCCUCUCAGUUAGCACCUUUCGUAGCUCCUCAAUUAACACCACAACUAGCUUCCUCGCCAGCUCUUCAGCGAGAGCAUAGGACAUCGUCGCCUAGAGCUGAAGGUCCUAGUAAUUCAAGGCAUCGACAUCGUUCCCAUAGAGAGCAUUCCCACCGCAAGGAAAAAAAUAAGGAGCAACAGCAGCCACAGGAACCGUUUUAUCCGCAAGCUCGACCGGAACUAGCACCCGUUUACAUGGGAUCUCCUCCACCAGCCAACGCGAUGCCACAAGAGGUGUUUGGACAUCAAACAUACAGACCAGCUAACUUUAUGGGCACAGAGAUUAAUCCCUUUUAUAGAGGAACCUUUCUUGAUCCGCGUUCAGUUGCGACGUCUCAUCCCUACCACAUGGGUCCCGUUCAGCUGAGGAAGUAUGACGCAUUACCCAAGUUACCCAGAACGGCGAGACAUCCUUCAAUGAUGCUGAUGCCACCAAAGUGGACGGGAUUAGGUCAACUGCAGACCUGGAUUUUUGGGGAAUCCUGCGUUGGGCAAUCCGCCGUUCCGCAAAGCAAAACAUGGAGCUGGCGCCAGAUAUUCGGGCGGCCCAAGAAGCCGGUCAUAUGAUGCCGACCAAUAGGCCUCGAGGCACGUGUCGGAUAUUGAGAUUGGCAUAUUUUAUUAUAUGAAUCUUUUUUCGGUAACA